AUGGAUAAUAAACCUACUGCAGAUAUUGUAGAAGCUCCAAACAUUUCUAAAGAAGAUAGAAGGCAUGAUAAGGGUAAGCCUGGGGAUAUUGACAACAACACAAUGGUUGAUCAAGAAUAUCAACUGCUAAUAUGGAAGUUUCUUGGAUUUCAACAUUGUAUCUCCAACUACAAUGGCCAAAUUUGGUACUUCUGGAACAUCAACUGUGACUCUAUAUUUAUAGCUGAGGAUGAGCAACAUAUUACCAUAAAGUUUGAAGAUGGUGUUAACAACCACGGUUCUUAUAUUUCAGCAGUUUAUGCAAAAUGCACUUCAACUGAAAGAAAAGACCUUUGGAACAGCCUUGAACAAGACAAUCUUAGCAUUGAUGGUCCUUUGUAUAUUGGAGGAGACUUCAAUGUCAUUACCAAUCCAGAUAAAAAGCUAGGAAGAAGGCCUUAUAUGGUUCAUAGAUGCUUGAAUUUUAUUAAUUGCAUGGACAAUUGUGGGGUGAUUGAUAUUGGUUUUUCUGGUUCUAAGUUUACAUGGUGCAAUAAUAGAAGGCCUAGCAAGAGAAUUUGGAAAAUACUUGAUAGGAUUUUUAUUAAUGACACGUGGGAUCAGAGGUCAAAGAGCACUACUGUGAGACAAUUGGCUAGAACUGGCUUUGAUCAUAGGCCGUUACUCAUGAAGAGAUUGAGCCAGUGGUCUAGAGAAGAGAUUGGGGACAUCAAUGAUCUGAUUAUAAAAUGGGCGAAAAAAGUCCAAAUAUUUAAGGAUAUGGAUGUUGCUACCAUCUUUGAUAACAACAUGGAAGAAUCGAAUAAAGCACAUGCUGAAUAUAUUAAAUGGUUGAGUAUGCAAGAGUCUUUCCUUAAACAGAAAACUCAGACUAGAUGGUUUUACGAGGGAGAUAGCAAUACCAGGAAAAGGAGAAGGAAACAACAGUUGAACAUGAUUAAGAACCAUAGAGGGAAAUGA